AUGUCCCCAGCUCUAUCCACCUCUCCCUGCUCCCGGAUCCGCCACCUAACCCCUAACCCACGCCUCCACCUCCAAUUCCACCGCAUUCCCUCCCCAACCCACCAACCCCAUCUCCAACCCCAAGCUACCCAAAACACCCUACCACCCAUCUCACGACCCCGCUCCUUCUCAACCGGCACACACUACCGCACCCCAUGGACCGGCACCCCUCCCUCCGAAAACGCAGGCACAGACCAACGCACGGAAAAAUACCAAGUCGAGCACGACGAGUCUCAGAAAGCGAAGCAGGAAAAAGCGAAAGGGGAUAGUGGGAGUGCGGGAUUGGAAGGAGAACCGGUGGAUCAGGCAAAGGAGACGAAGAAGAAGGUGAAGGUCGAGUUUCCGAAGGCCGCGAAGCAGGGUCCUAUUAUUGGGUUGGAGGAUGAGAGGGGUGCGAAAGGUGCUUAG